AUGUGUAUUAUUAUGCAAGGACUUACAGAAUGUAUAGAUUUGUUAUUCCUUGGAGUGGAGCAUAGGUUUUGCAUGAGGCAUUACUAUUCCAACUUCCAAAAAGUGCACAAAGGGAGGGAGUUGAAGGACUUUAUGUGGGGGGCAGCCAGUGCUUACACUCUACCUGAGUAUCAAGCCGAGAUGAGGGAGCUUAGAGGAGUUUCAUUAGAAGCACACAAUUGGCUGAUAAAUGAAUCACCUAAGAAUUGGGCAAGGUGUUUUUACAGUCCAGUGGCCAAGACCAAUAGGAUGGUUAACAACCUGAGUGAGUCCUUCAAUUAUGCAAUUAAAAAGGUGAGAUACCAACCUAUUCUCACCAUGAUGGAAAGUCUUAGGAAGCAUGUUAUGCAGAGGUAUGUAGAAAGGACCAAAUUCUGUAGCACUUUUAAGACCAACAUCUGCCCUAACAUAGUAAAGAAAUUGGAGAUUGAAAAGGCUAAUGCAAUAGAAUUCUCUGUCAUAUAUUGUGCACCACAUAAGUUUGAAAUUUGCUCACGCUGUAAGUCUUUUAUUGUAGACAUUGAGUUGAAAACAUGCAAUUGUAGAAAAUGGGAUGUGAUUGGGAUACCAUGUAGGCAUGCCUGUGCAGCAAUGAUCAAGGACAGAAGAAAGCCUGAGGACUUCAUUUCCCCAUACUUCCUCACUGAAACAUUUAGGAAAUCUUAUGCCUACCUCAUUAACCCCAUCCCAGAUAAAUCCAUGUGGGUGAGAAUAGAAUUUGAAGACAUUAUGCCUCCACCAUAUAGAAGGAAAAUUGGCAGACCAAAAAAGACAAGGAGGAAAGGUGCAGAAGAGGCUUUAGCAGAAAUUGGUACUAUUUUCAAGUGCAGAAAAUGCAACCAACCUGGCCAUAAUGAUAGGACAUGCAAAGCUCUAGUAGCUUCUACAAGUGCAGAGGUUGGGGAGAGCAGUACCUCACAGGUUGUGACAAGAGAAACAUCACCUUGCCCAAUGAUUCCAACUGGUAGAAAAGGAAAAGAUGUGUCAAGUGGAGUGACAAGAGGUAGAGGUACAGGAAGAGGAGUGCCUAGAGGGAGAGGACUGUCAAGAGGUAAAGGAGUGGCAAUAGGGGUUCCAACUGGUGGUGGUAGAGGAGUGGCGAGAGGAAUAACUACCGAAAGGGUAGUUACUAGAUCAUGGGCAUCCCAAAGGGGUGUUACUCUAGGGACAGCAGUGGGUAGAGGAGUGGCUGCAAGGGGAAGAGUGUCAAGAAGAAAAGAAGUUGUUGUGGCUGUAAAGAUAGGCUGGUCAAGAGGGAAAGGAGUGGUUGUUCAAAUAGGUGGUGAUAGGGCUAUUGAAAUUGGUGCUGCAAGAAAUGAUCAAACAGGUGCAAGUGGAGUUGCAAGGGCUGUUCAAAUUGGUGCUCAACCUAGUUUGCCAACAUUGGUCAGGAAUGGAAAAAAAGUGACAUUUAAAAGUGCAGUAGGUGGUGGAUAUCAACUAGACUGGAAGAUAGCAAGAAUUGGAGAUGGUGUUUUCUCAUCACAAGUCUACAAUGGAACAAGUAAAGGAUCAACCCAGUAGAUAAUGUUAGGGUUAAUGAAAUGGUCCACUAUUUUGUUUUUUGGAUGUGGACACUUUGAACAUUUUGUAAUGGAUAAUGAUUCAUGACUUGACUUGAACAACUAUGAAUGGUUAAUGCUCUGUGGGGUUUGGUUGUUGUUCUGUUGAUUAAUGACUUCACUUGAACAACUAGGAACGUGUUCUAAAUGGCCUUAUGCAUUGGCCUUAGUUAUGUUUAGUGACUAUGCAAUUAGUAUUGGG